AUGACCGAAGUUGGUUGGUGGAAGCUGACCUUCCUGCGGAAAAAGAAAUCCACUCCCAAAGUGCUGUAUGAGAUCCCUGACACCUACACCCAGAGUGAGGGUGGUGCGGAGCCCCCAAGGCCUGAGAGUGGGAGCCCCAGCAGCAACUUUAACACCCGCCUGGAGAAGAUUGUGGACAAGAACACCAAGGGCAAGCACGUCAAAGUCUCCAACUCAGGCCGCUUCAAGGAGAAGAAAAAGGUCCGAGCCUCAUUAGCAGAGAACCCCAACCUCUUUGAUGACAGGGAGGGCAAAGGACAGUGA